AAUAAAGUCCAAUUUGAAGCAGUGUAUAAAACUAUAGUUAGCAAAACCAAUAAUUAAGACAGACAUCAUAAAGAAUGGGUUCUGAAGAACAUCCUAUGAUUCCUGUUCUAGAUUUCACCAUGGAAGAUUUGAAGCCAGGGAGCGAUUCCUGGUUAGAAAGAUGCACAAGUGUGCGGCAAGCACUUGAAGAACAUGGUUGUUUUGUAGCUGUGUAUGAUAAAGUUUGUGAUGAGCUAGAAAACGGUGUUUUCUGCUCCAUGAAGGAGCUGUUCGAUCUCUCACCUGAAACCAAACGAAGAAACACAUAUGAGGGUUCGCCAUUGAAGGGCUACGUUGGACAACUCCCCCAGAUUCCCCUCCACCAAAGCAUGGGAAUAGAUGACGGAACAACCCUAGAGGGAAUUCAAAGCUUUACUCAUCAAAUGUGGCCAAAAGGCAAUCAUCACUUUUGUAAAUAUAUAUUUGAGUAUGCAAAGGUAGCAGAAGAAUUGGACAAGAUGGUGGGCAGAAUGAUAUUUGAAAGUUAUGGUCUUCCAGAUUACUAUGAGUCAUACAUGCGAUCUACAGGUUAUCUCCUUAGACUUUUGGCACACACAGCACCAGAAGAGGUUGAGCCUCAACUGGGUCUUGUGGCUCACACUGACAAGAGCUUCACCACAAUUCUUCACCAAAAUCAUGUCAAUGCACUCAUGGUUGAGACAAGGAAUGGUGUCUGGAUUCAUGUCGAUUUCUCUUCAACAAAUUCCUUUGUCGUCAUGGCUGGUGAUGGACUCAUGGCUUGGAGCAAUGACAGAAUACAGUCCCCUAAUCAUAAGGUUGUGAUGAAUGGGAAUGAAACAAGGUACUCUCUUGGUCUGUUUGCUUUCUACAAAGGAAUUCUGAUAGUGCCUGAAGAGCUUAUUGAUGAAGAACAUCCAGUGCAGUAUAAGCCCUUUGAUCAUCUUGGAUUACUAAACUUCACUUACAGUGCUAAUAUGAAAGCUUAUUGUGGUGUGUGAAAAGCUUGCCUAGCUUAAACUUUCACCAAACUAUAUAUGUGUGAUAUGUUUUUCAUAUGUUGUUUUUGCAUUGGGAAGAGUUCUCUGCCAUUUAUUUCUCUGUUACGUGUACUUGA